UUACCACGUUUUACUGUGAGUGCAAUGAAAAGACAGAAGAAGUUGUUUUCUCACACUGUUUUGUUCCCUCAAUUUCCAUCAUAUAAACUAGGAACAAAUGACCAGUCUUGUGGAUCCUUGGGUGUUAACCAUACAAAUGGGAAGGUUGAUGCACCAAAUCAUUUGGAAUGUGGUCAGCGCACAUCUCCUGAAGAAGUAGAUUUAUUGAGUAAUGACCACCAUGUUGGUGAGAAUGAACAUCCUCAGCAAGACCUGGAUACACCCAAUGAUCCUGACUAUGGAACAUUGGAAGGAACAACACAUUCCUCUGUAGAAAAUGGCAGAAGUCAGAAGAUCUUAAAAUCGUGUGAUGUUGCCAUGGAGUGUAGGGAGACUCAACUACGAGACGAAUCCCUGAAGUGUUGUCGGGUGCUGUCAGAGCUUGUCCGAGGGCUGACUGAUGCCUGCAGUUUCCAUGACUGGGAUCAAGUGCUGGCUCUUCUUCCCUGCAUUGCAAUACGUUUUUACCCUUCCCUCUCCAUGCAGUAUUCAGUGCAGAUGGCGAUUGCUCUGGAAAACUGUGGUGCACUCAAAGGAACAAGUGUUGCAAAGCUGGUGAGUUAUGCUGCUCCUAAUCUGAUGGCACAAGAUUUGUGCAACAUUGUGCAGCAUUUUGAGCGCACCAGAACUGCUGCAAGAGAUGGUGCCACAGACUCUCAACCCUCAGAAACUAACCUCCAACUGAAGAAGUUGUUGGAUGACAUUGAAAAGGUGGUGGAAGACCAAGGUCAUGGAAGGUUGCAGUCUCAUCGCUCGCGCUGCUAUGACGUCGCCUUCGCGAGUGCCUACAAGGGCAUCAUGUGCUACGUCCGCUGGAGGAAGCAGCACCGCAACGCCCAACUCGCCGCCAUGGGCCCCUGCAGCUCUGCCGAUGUGCCACUUGAUGUUGUGGACCACGCUUUGGGUGAGCUGACGAAGGAUGUGCCUGAUGAGUCCGUGGCUGACCAGGCGGUGCUGCUAAUGGAGGAAGCCUUCAAGACCUUCAAGGAACCCUGCGAGUGGCUGGUGACGCCGCUGCUGGAGGCGCUGGAGCAGCAGCGUGGGGCAGCGUCGACGCAGGCGCUGCUCACGAGCUACUUGGGGCGCCACCCCCGCCACGCCCCCGCCUACCGCACAGCCCUGCGCCACGCCCUCGCUCACUGGCCCCACCAGACACAACUCCACAUCGCCCUCAUGAAGCGUAUCCAGCGGCUCUCGCCCGGCGACGACAGCGUCCUGCUGCUGACCCAGGCCCUGCUGGACGACCCGCGCCUCUACGACACGACCCAGUGUGAAGAGGCGUUCGGUCUGGCGGGGCUGGACCCUGAGGAGGAGGCCGUGGCAGACCACGAUAUCGCGUCCGCGUCGUGCCCUCCUGACGACAGGAGCUUCAGGAGCGAGAGGAGCAACUCUGACGGCAAGGCCCCCUCAGAGCCCCUCGGCUGCCCCUUGCGUAAAGAUGUGGUGGUGCGCAGUCAUGUGUUCUGCGUGCGCGCGCUGGUGCGCCUGCUGCACCUGCCGCACUGCCUGCGCGUCCUGCGCCCCUGGGAGCUGCUCAGGCGCGCCCUUGCCAGCCUCCACCUUGCCUGGAUCAGAUGCUGGAACUGCUCAGGUUGUCGCCAGUCUCGUGAGGAGGUGUCACAGGUGGUGACGUUGUGGUGGUGGUUGUGGUGGCAAGAGUUGAGUUCAUCACAACGUGAUGACAACGUUUCUCACAUGCCAUCGUGUAAUGCCGACGCCAAGCUCGUCCUUAACCGAGCUGUGGUGUCGCACAUCCUCGGCGUGGACUCGUGCGCGGACGUGUGGGUGAGCGUCCUGAGGAACGGUCGUUGGCCGGGGCUGGCGGAGGAGCUGCAGAAGUGCUACUUCCAAGACGGGCCCUACGCGCACCGCUUCACGCAGCACCGCGCCGCGACCGCGCGCCGGUAUAUGGUCAUGUACGGGCAUAAUGUCCCUUCCUCGGUCAAGAUUCGACCGCCUAUCAUGGCCGACAAGCAUGGACCUGAAUACCCGUCUUUGCCGACUAGAGUUCUUUCUGUCAGCGAUUCUACCGUGUCAUUUGCUUCAACUCCUUCGUCACGGCACGUUCAGGCGCCGCAACAUAAUUCAGCCGCUGGUUACUCAGGAACUAAGAGAGCUGGACAAGGAAUGAUUGAAAAUGAACGGUCUCCAACGAGGAGAUCUGAUGCUGGUGAUGACAUCGCCCGACUGUUUGCUGGCGAGCAAAGAGCCCCUAACGGCCUCUGCUCAGACAAGCGUCGCACGAUGUUGGAACAUAGGUUUGGAGAGGGCACGUCUGAGGCCUCAUCAGGUGAACAGUGGGCUGUCCCUGAAGCCCCAGGUCCAUGCAAAAUGCCUGGUAAAGCGUCAUCGGUCUCAGUGAAAAAAGAUAGCGAAAAUAACAUUACAUACAUGCAGCAACUUCGCGCGUCUUUAGUGUCUCCCGUUGUGUCGCGCUUUGCGCCUCUGUUAAGUGAAUCUGAAGUAGAGGAAGACAGCCACUCCUGCGCAAAAGGGGACAAAAAUACCAAACUAACGAAAACUAAGAAAAUGACCACGAAAAAGAAGCCUGCCCCAAAGAAAGCCCCAAAUAAAGCUCCAAAGAAAGGAGUCAGUGAAAAUCGCAAACCGUCCGAAGUUAAAAGUGCAGCUGCCGAUGAGACUGAAAGUAGUAAAUCUUCUGGACGGUCGUCUACAAAAAUUGCUAGGAAAGGGAAAGGAAGUCAUCAGGGAGACAAAGAACCUUUGUUGAGCAAGGGUAUGAGUGGUGCCACGGAUCGUGUACAAGAUCCAAAAUGUGUGAGUGUUUCAUGUUCAGAUGGGCGCCGAGGGAACGAGUAUACUGAUAUGCAGAAUGAUGCCGUCGCAAUUGAUACUCAUCGCGAUGGGUUGGAUGAGGUGGCUUUAGAUCCUGCAGAUGGUUCUCCCGUAUCACCGAACCCUUCUUGUGGAGCAUCCCAGUCUCAGCCUAUUCCUUGCGGCCAAGUUCAAUUUCGGGAAUUUUCUCAACACGAAGAAAUAGAUGAUCAACCUGAUGAUAUUUUGUCUAAUAUUAUUGCUACUGACGUUUCGCCUGAUCUUGGUCCUGACGUUCCAGAUGUCGGUUGCGGGGAUGAAGAAACUGCUGCCUGCUUCCAGUCCCAAGAUAAUCUUCAGUCUGCGAAGGGUAUUUCUGUAUGUGAGCCUCAUGAAUUUCAGUGUCCGCUUUCUCCUGAUGACAUUCCUGGAUCGCUUGAAAUAGAUGAAACGGAUCUAUCCAUCCCGAGACUGUUCUCAUCAAGACUCGAUGUGUUCUCCUCUAAUACAUCGUCUAAAAAGAACGAUAGCAGGUUAGAUAACAACCGUGUUGACUCAAACGAGGGAGAAGAUCCUCUAGUUGAUUCGACAGACUGUUCUAAGCCUCGCAACACUAAGAAAAAUCUAGUCAAUGAAGGAGGAGCGGCUUCGUCUAAGUUAGCUGCGUCUGAUGCGCCAAGUAACGCACGCAUGCGCGAUCAUCGCAUCCCUCAGGACUUCACUGGAAAACCAGGUUCCGGCGACCGCCUGUGUGGACCGCCAUCGCCCCGCCGCAGUAUCGGCGCAAGCCGCGCUCGACCACCACCUUCAACCACAACUGGAGGACGCGGGUCGGAUGCUGGAGAACACAGUCGGGAUCCAGUCAGGAAUGCUGGGCAGAAAUCUUCGAUUGCAUCGGUAAUUGAAAAUCAAGUCGGCGGUAGAACAACAAAAACUUCGGCUAAAAGCUCCCGGGGUGUAAGUUCGGAUCGUAUUCAAUCACGGGAUGAAGUUCAACAGGUUUUCAAGUCCUCAUUUAAAGGCAGGAAAGAUGAUGACUUGAUUAGCGACGGUGAAGAUUUAGCUCGUUCUAAUGCAUCUGGGAAAUUUGCAUGUGGCGCGAAAAAGACGUCUGUAGAAUUGAGUUCGUCAAGCAACCUGUCGUCGAAUGAGGAUGAUAGUUUUUCGAAGAAGCGAGAAUGUUCAGCGCAUGGAAAUGCCUCCAAAAGAUCUGAAAGACUUCGUAUGUCUUGCAUUCAGACUUUGGAAAAUUAUAUUUCUGCAAACGCAACUGAGACUCGACGCAGACGUAGUCCCAUGCGAGGUGCGCAGCGCAACGAUGAUCUUAAGAACUGCCGCGUCUCGCUCUCUCCUGUGCUUCCUGAAGGCCCAGCGUCCAGUCAUGGACCUGGGCACAUGAAGAACGAGCCUGAUAAAAAUAAAGGAGGAACUACAAAACUACGUAGAUUUCAAGAAGCUCCCGCUGCGAAUACGGAAUCGUCAAUGGAUGCAAAACAUGAUGCAUCACCGGGAUCUUUCUCUAGCUUUUCUGAUCACUUAAAACGUAAGCAGCGCGAUAGAGCUCAAGUAAAGGAACCUCGUUCAUCCGUGGUCCCUCUGUGUGUGAGUUCAUCUGAAAACCAAACACUUAUUGCAGAGAAAGAGAAACGUCAAAAAAAUUGUAAAGAAAAUAAAGUUGUCCUGGACUUUGAAAAGAAAGCGUUACUUCAGAGUUCCCAUGAGGCUCCUACAGUCGCGGCGGCCUCAUCCAAUGCUAGUCCUAACACAUCUUCACUCACCAAAUCUGAGUCCAUUUCUAAAGCGCGCUUUACUAAACCUCAUGAUAAUUUGAAAUUGAAGUCACAUGAAGGUAAGAGAAAGCUUCCAGAAACCUCUGAACCCUUACCGUCUGCCGGUUCUGGCACGGACGGUGACUUCGAGUCGCGACCAACAAAAAAGAAGCCCAGGAAAAAAGCAUCAACCGAGUCCAGGAAAGAAGCUUCAACCAACGAUGGCGACGAUUUGAUGGAAGGCUUCGCAGACUUCGCUUUGCAGCAGUACGGCGUUGAUCUCUCUGAGCAUCGCAACACUUGAGUCUCGCUUAGCGUUGAAUUUGUCGCUCACUAUUUGCCAAGUCUCAAUUUAUUGCUUGAAAAUUUUUUCCCAAGUUACUAGUGCCUUUGCCUGCAGGUUGACCCGACUGCUUUAUAGCCGAAGACUGCAAACUUUUUUACGUUGAUUCUGCAGUUCAUCAGCUCAGGUUGCCAACUGAUUUUCAUUUCAUGUUCUAAGCUUGAAGUCAUUUUUACUUCUUAAUUUUGAUGUUAUUUCGUUACUUAUCGAAGAUAUUUUUGCAAUGGAAUGGUGUGCUGAAGAUCAAUUGAAUAAGAAUUUAGUGAGCUGUAUUAUUUUAACAGAAUUACAUACUUCUGUUGUUGCAAAUUUCGCUUAUUAAUUUUUCUACGAAUUGCCGAAAUGUAAUUUUUUGUUUGUUUAGGAUCGUCCACAAUAAAGGAACAGUAUAAUUCUUUUACUACAUUUUAGUAAUAUUCCUAACUUUUUCACUAUUGUCGUGAAUUUUUCCCCAUCUUCUGAUGAGAUUUAUUGUUUUUUUCUCAGUUUUAUGAAUUGAUUUGUGAAGAAAGGUUGGUUGAUAUAAAAAUAUAUCAACACAUUUUUUUACCGACCUUACAGGUUUUUGAAAUUGCAUCUGAUGGCUAAAUAAAUAAAGGUGAUCGAGUUC